GAUCGGGUCUAGCUUCAAGGCUACAAUCUAUUGUUCUUUCACCAAGCAGUGUAGUCAUCCAGAUAUUUCCUCACCCUCUCUCCAAUCGGCCUGCGAGGCUUGUGUUAAAGAUGGGUAUGCGGGAUCGUCCCCUCCAGCAUGGUGACUGUGGCUAAGUUUAGUUCAAGGUGCGCCAACCCAUAUUUUUGGAGCGACGACUUUCUUGGCAGAGUGGAAUCCACUGCCAAUAACAAGCUAGCCUCCUGUGUGGAUUCGGCACCUUUGACAGUCGAGGGCUGCCAGGAAGGGCUCAGACAUGCAGCAAGCUAUGUUGGCAGCCAAGUAGCCUUAAAAGGUGACCGGGUGUGUGGAGGCUUCAUUAAUAUAGCAAAUGCGAAAGGCGCGGAGGCGGGGGCUAUUACAGUGAGCGGCACAUGCAUGCCUGAUUAUUCCAACAUAAUCAUCCCAGCAUAAUCGUGCCCACGGGAUCAUAGAGGAUCAGAGGAGUCUGCAGCGGCUUUCCUUUUGAGUGUUUAGUAUUGAUUGCUCUAAACUCCACAGAAU